AUGUCGUUCGGAAAUGCUACCGUUCCCUUUUAUGCUACUGAUAGGGAAAAACUAUAUACCCUCGUACUUCUUGUGGUAAUGCAACUGAGAACAAAAAAUUUACACCUUUCCUUCGGCAGUGAUAGAUUUCAGUUACUGUCCGAACUAGAUUUGUCAUGUAAUCAAUUGACAGGACAGAUUCCACACGAAUUAGGAGAUCUACAUGGCCUUCGUUCUCUCAACUUAUCUCACAACCAUCUAAAUGGUCUGAUCCCAGAGAGCUUCCAGAAGCUACAAAACAUAGAGAGUUUAGAUAUUUCAAAUAACAACCUAAGUGGACAAAUCCCUCUAGAGUUACAGGACUUGCACUCUUUGGCUGUCUUCAAUGUUUCCUACAAUAAUUUGUCAGGAAGAGCACUUGAAAAGGGACAGUUUUGUACCUUUGAUGGGAGUAGCUACAAAGGAAAUCCGUAUCUUACGUGGGAUAAAAGUUUAAGGCCAAUAUAUAAAUAA